AUGAGCAGCACCGGUGCUAGCGGCGGCAGCAGCAACAGCAGCAACAAUAGCAACAGCAUUACCAGCAGCAACGGCAGAAAUGUCAGUGCUAACACAGGCAUCAGCAGCCUCGGCAGCCUUGGCAGCCUUGGCAACCUUGGCACCAUCAGUAGCAUAGGUAGCAGCAUCAGCAGCAUCGGCAACAGCAUCAGCAGCAGCAUCAGCAGGAUCAGCAGCAGCAGCCGGACGGUGAAUCCUCAAUCAAAACAAUUCUUAAGGAUAAGGAGAUACAAGGGGCCCGAACGUGCAGGACAAAUGUGGUUCUCAAUAACUCUAGAUGAGGAAACCCUUGUACAAGCAGCAGGAUCUCCUCUAGCUGCUGCUUCUGCUGCUGCAGCAGGAAACAACAGCAAAACAUCUAUAGAGACAAAGGGGAGUCUUUUCGGCGUAAUCCAAGGAGAAAAGGCAGAAGUCAUUGGCCUGUACACUGACGGAGACCAACAAACAGGCGUUGCGCUGUUGAGGGAGUUCUUGGCGGAGGUGCGCGUAGAGAAGGUUUUUGAAGUUUCAGGGGUUUGCAGCGAAAAAGAAAAAUCAGCAGCAGAAGCAUUUGCUGCUGCAGGGUUUAAACCCUCGGGGGUUUUCCUACGACUGCCCUCCCCCUCCUCUGCAACAGAUUGCUGCAUCUAUUGGACUACAAACCCUCAGGAAAUCCACUCCCCACGCUUUCCUGAUGUGAAGACAGUGGCUCUGGCCGUAGCAAAUGAGAAACAGCAGUCUGAGUUGCAACUCUUGAUGCUGCAGCAGCAGAUGCCGGAGAUACAGCUGCUAGAAAAGAGAGAAGGCCUCAAAGACUCCCUCUCCUUCAUCGCAAUGGAUGAUGAAGGAAAGGCUAUAGGGUUUCUACUCGUGGGAGGAGCAGACCCUUCAAGACAAACCCUUGAUAUUCAUUUGCAUGCAGAUGGGGAAAAUAGAGAAGCUAUUCAGAAAUCGCUGUUGUUGUCGCUGCGGGAAGCGGCUGCUGCUGCGGGUUUGCCACGGGUUCGAUUCCAGAUUGAUGGAGCAGAUGAGGAGCAGAGCGCGGAAGGGCUAGGGUCCGAGGCUGAUGUUGCAGCAGCAGCAGCAGCAGCAGCAGCGGCAAGUAGCAGCGAAGGUUCCCGCAUGUCUGUAAAAGAAGCAGCAGCAGCCAACGCUGUAGCCAACGCAGCUGCGGCGGCAGCGGCAGCAGCGGCUGCUGCUGCCGCUGCCGCGGCUGCUGUUGGGAAGGCAGAAGAUCCAGCAGCAGCGAGAGCUGAACGCCGUUCUGCAUACGUAGCAGAAGCGCGAGCAGCAGUAGCAGCAGCAGCCGCAGCAGCAGCAAAAGAGAGCACUGAAAGGAAGUUAGACUCUCGGGGUUUAGCGUUUAAGCUGUCUUUAGGAGCGUUUCUUGCUGCUGUAGUUCUUGUUGCUUCCUCCACUAGGAGACGCAACAGACAGCGACAGGGCAGCAGCAGCAGCAGUAGCAGCAGCAAUGCGCAGAAGCAGCAGCCGCCAAUAGACUUUGAGGUGCUCCAAAUACUGGAUUUUAUUGAUAGAGAAAGAAGCACAAGCCCUGGGGAAAUAGAUGGCUAUGUUUCUCCUCCCUACACAAUGAAUUACAUGGAGCACGUAUCCGCUAUCCCUUGA